CAUUUUACCGGAGAUCUCUAACUCUUUCACGGAGCGAUGACCCCUGGAUGAUCCCUCUGUGCAGUGUUGGCAGAACUGUCUGCUAAAUCCUCUCAGGUGUAGCUGCAGAGCGCAGGCUCCUCCCCCAGCCAGCUCUCUCUCUGACCGGACUGUCAGAAGAACAGGAAGACUCCUCUACCGCUAAAGACGUAUUCGCUUACCACUGUCAUUAGGGGUUAAAAAGUUAACUAAACUUGUAAAGCAGUCAUGGAAACUAAUUUAGGAGACACAGUCGGGGCAAGUCAUCUGUAAUACCAACUCGUCGCCCUUGUUGUAGUCGCCGAAACAACUCGUGGAAGUGGGAAGAGCGGAGUUGUUUUCUUUCCACGGAGACUUUACCUACUGUAGUCAGACGAGCUAGCAUAGCUAAAGCUAACGGUUAGCUCAGUUACCGCAUACUUCGGGACUUAAAAUUCAAAUCGUUUAAAGCUUCGGUUUGUUUCACAUGUGGAUACUGGUAGAAUACAUCCUCGUUUGUAUUUUAUAAACGCAACAGGUUGUUUUCGUACUUGUCGUCCCGAGGUCUUGGGGCUGUGCUUUGAAUUUCCCUCCUUCAGUGAUACAGAGAGACGGCUUAGCGAAGGGCUCGGGGUAGUUGGCUUUUUACCAAAUCAUUAGCAACUUUGUGCUAAUUGUAGCUAAGUUAGCAAGGGCUCUAGCUUAGGCCAAAGGGAAUUAACAGUUGGCUUUUUCUCAAAGUUAGGAAAUACCCUCGGAAGAAACGUUUGCUUUUGUUACGUUUGAGUGUGGGGGAAGAUUAGGUAACGUUACCGCCACAGGGUUAUUUUGACACCCAAGGAAACGGAUUAAGUUAUAAAUAUGGAUCCAAACACGGGGAGCUCUGCCUCAGCUGCAGGUCCCAAGAAGGACAAGAAAUCGAAGAAGAGCUAUGAGGAUGGAGAUGGGAAAAAGAAAUUUACCCUCAAACGCCUGAUUCCUGACGAGUUGGAGCGUUUCACCAGCAUGAGGAAAAAGGACAAGGAGAAGCCCGUCCAGGUUCCGAGUCAGCGACACUCUUCAGCUGCCAGCUAUGAGCUCGGCGCUCCGAGUGCUAUGCUGCAUGAUCAUUCUGAUGAAUACGUCCUGGAACUCUUCGAACAGAUGCUGGUGGAUAUGAACCUGAAUGGGGAGAAGCAGCAGCCUCUAAGGGCAAAAGACAUUAUGAUCAAACGAGAGAUGGUCUCCCAGUACCUCCACACGUCUAAAGCUGGUCAAAACCAGAAAGAGAGCGCCAAAUCAGCCAUGAUGUACAUCCAGGAGUUAAAGUCAGACUACCGAGACACACAGCUGCUGAGCUGUCUGGAAUCUCUGCGAGUCUCUCUCAAUAACAACCCUGUCAGUUGGGUGCAGAACUUUGGAGAUGAAGGGCUGGCCCUGCUGCUGAAUCUGCUUAAAAGACUACAGGAGGACAAAGACGAGUACCCAAUGAUGGGAGUGAAAUGUCAGCACGAGAUCAUUCGUUGUCUAAAAGCCUUUAUGAACAACAAGUAUGGUCUAAAAUCCAUGCUGGAGUCAGUUGAGGGAAUUCCUCUGUUGGUCAAAGCCAUCAACCCUCAGGUGCCACAUAUGAUGGUGGAUGCUGUCAAGCUACUUUCUGCCAUCUCAAUAUUGGAACAUCCUGAGAACCUUCAUGAGCGUGUUUUGGAGGCCAUUACAGAGGAGGCAGAGAGACGGGACAUCGAGAGGUUCCAGCCUCUCCUUGCUGGCAUGAACAAUCACAACAUUGCUCUUAAGGGUGGCUGCAUGCAGCUAAUCAACGCCUUAAUAAGCCGGGGAGAAGAGUUGGACUUCAGGAUCCAUAUUCGCUCUGAACUGCUAAGAUUGGGACUCAGAGACCUGCUGACGGAGGUGCGACUGAUAGAAAACGAAGAGCUGAGGGUGCAACUCAUGGUGUUUGAUGAGCAGGCUGAAGAUGACUCUGAGGACCUCAAAGCACGUCUUGAAGACAUCCGCAUUGAGAUGGAUGAUGUGAGGGAAGUGUUUGAGAUCCUAUUCAACACUGUGAAGGACUCCAAGGGCGAAACCCACUUCCUGUCCGUGAUGCAGCACCUGCUGCUGAUCCGUAAUGACUAUUUGGCCAGGCCUCAGUACUACAAGUUAAUAGACGAGUGUAUCGCUCAGAUCGUGCUUCACAGGAAUGGAGCGGACCCUGACUUCAAGUGCCGUAAACUCAGCCUCAACAUUGAAGGCUUGAUAGACAACAUGGUCGACCAGACCAAGGUGGAAACUAGUGAGGCCAAGGCAGCUGAGCUGGAAAAGAAGCUGGAUGCAGAGUUGACAGCACGUCACGAGUUGCAGGUGGAGCUGAAGAAACUGGAGGGUGACUAUGAGCAGAAGCUGCAGGAUUUGAGCCAAGACAAGGAACAGCUGGCCACUGCUAAGCUAGAGAGAGAGAAGCAGAACCAGGAACUACAACAACAGCUAAGCACUCUGCAACAGCAGAUUGAAAAGCUGUCUAAAGAUCUGGAAGAGGCCAAGACCAAAGUAGUCACAGUUACUGUUCCCGUGCCAACACCUGGUUUCUCUCUUCCACCACCUGCCCCUCCUCUCCCUGGCCAGAAUGCAGGUAUGCCCCCUCCACCUCCGCCCCCUCCCUUACCAGGCCAUGUAGGCAUGCCUGUUGCCCCAGCCCCUCCUCCUUUACCGGGUCAUGCCGGUAUUCCUCCCCCACCACCUUUACCAGGCAUGCCAGGACCUCCACCACCCCCGCCUCUCCCUGGCAUGCCUGGACCUCCACCACCCCCGCCUCUACCUGGCAUGCCAGGGCCGCCACCCCCUCCACCCUUCCCUGGGAUGGGACCUCCACCUCCACCACCACCUGGGUUUCCUGGUAUGCCCCCUCCACCACCAGGCCCAGGCAUGCCUCCACCUCCACCAUUUGGCAUGGGGGGCUGGGGUCCUGCUGCACCACCCUCACUGCCUUAUGGGCUCCAGCCUAAGAAGGAGUACAAGCCUGAGGUCCAGCUGAAGAGAGCCAAUUGGAGCAAGAUCGGACCUGAGGACCUCUCUGAGAAGAGUUUCUGGACCAAGGCGAAAGAGGGGAAAUUUGAAAACAAUGAGCUCUUUGCCAAACUCACCUUGGCCUUCUCCUCACAGACAAAGACCACUAAAGCCAAAAAGGAGCAGAACGGCGGAGAUGAAAAUAAGCCGGCACAGAAAAAGAAAGUGAAGGAACUAAAGAUCCUCGACUCCAAGUGUUCACAGAACCUUUCCAUUUUCCUGGGAUCGUUCCGUCUCCCGUAUGAGGAGAUCAAGAUUGCUAUCCUGGAGGUUAAUGAGAAGGUCAUCACAGAGUCCAUGGUUCAGAACCUGAUCAAACUACUGCCAGCAACAGAGCAGCUGAGUGUCCUGGGUGAGAUGAAGGAUGAAUAUGAUGACUUGGCUGAGUCCGAGCAGUUUGGAGUAGUGAUGUCCGGCGUGAAGCGGCUGAUGCCACGGCUUCAGGCCAUCCUGUUCAAGCUGCAGUUUGAGGAGCAGCUGAACAACAUCAAGCCAGAUGUAGUGUCUGUGACAGCAGCCUGUGAGGAGCUUUGUAAAAGCCAGAAUUUCACCAAGCUGCUCGAGAUCAUCCUCCUUGUCGGGAACUAUAUGAAUGCUGGCUCGCGCAAUGGAAAUGCAUUUGGCUUCUCCAUAUCAUACCUGUGCAAGCUGCGUGACACCAAAUCAGCUGAUCUGAAGCAGACGCUGCUCCAUUUCCUCGCUGAUGUGUGCAAGGAGCAGUAUCCGGAGGUCAUGGGCUUUACAGACGAGCUCAUCCAUGUGGAAAAGGCCAGCAGAGUUUCUGCAGAGACACUUCAGAAGAACCUUGAGCUGAUGGGCCGUCAGAUCAAGAGCCUGGAAAAAGAUCUGGAAACCUUCCCUCCUCCACAAAAUGACAAGGACCUGUUUGUGGAGAAGAUGACCGUUUUUGUGGGUACUGCCAAUGAGCAGUUUGAGAAGCUGGAUCUACUGCACAAGAAUAUGGAGAAGCAAUAUACCGACCUGGGAGAGUACUUUGUCUUUGACCCGAGAAAAAUGUCCGUAGAGGAAUUCUUUGGGGACCUCAACACCUUUAAAAACAUGUUCCAGCAAGCAGUAAAGGAGAAUCAGAAGAGGAAGGAGGCCGAAGAGAAGCUCAAGAGGGCCAAGCUGGCCAGGGAAAAGGCAGAGAAGGAGAAGGAGGAGAAACUCAAGAAGAGCCAGCUCCUUGACAUCAACGCAGAGGAUGAUGAAACUGGUAUCAUGGAUGGCCUGUUGGAGGCGCUGCAGUCCGGCGCUGCUUUCAGGAGAAAGAGAGGACCACGGCAAGCAGCCAACCACCGACGAGCUGGUCAUGCAGUGACCAACAUCCUGGCCAAAGAGCUGAUGCAGGAAGACGCGCCUUCAUCCAGCAAACUGCCUGCUAAGAAGAAAAAGUCAGAGAAGGAGGAGCCUAAACUAGAAGGAGCCGAGUCAUUAGAGGAGUUACUGGAGGCUACGCUCUCUCGGUCCAAUUAGGCACACAGGGCAGAAAGUUUUUUUACUCAGUCAGUGAUAUCCAAAUGCAGAUGUAUUUAUAGCCAUUUCAGGGGCCAAUAUCAAUCUGAGAUUAGCUCACAGGAAAAAAGCCCCGUUUCCCUGACCCUUGUCUUAACAGGACCAUCUUUUAGGGUAGUAUUGAUUGUGUCUUCUGGGAGGACAGGGAGUGGCAGAGGAUGAAGGUGGGGCUCUGACCUCAGCCACCACUCCUGGAUGGAUGUCCCUCGUCAUCAACCUUUGGAUCUUUGCCAUUGUCAUAAAGAUUUAAUUGCUUUCUUCAUGUGCACAUAUCUGUUCAUGUUAUUUUUUUUUGUUUCACUUGUCAUUUAUCAAAGGGCAUCUUGAGCGAUUCCAAAGACUCAGGAGGGAUCCACCCUUUUUUGUGUUUUUUUUCCCUUCCAAAUCUCUAAUUUAGACUGGGGAUAUCUGGAAUUUGGCACAUCUUGUAGGUGCUUCAUAGGGUUUUCUUUGGAUGUUCCAGGCCAAGACCACUUUGCGCUUUUUCACACUAUGAAACAUAUUGCUUUGUAUUUGCCUGGUAUACUGUAUGUUACUGUUUGUAAAUGUUAAUAAUUUCUCUGUGUUAUUGAAAAAAAGUGCCAACCAAUAGAAAUCUAGUCUUGUCAUUUCACUCCCAGGUUUUGUCCAGUCACCAUUCACAUUGGGCUGCUGUGUGGGCCAGUCCAACAGCAGUCAUCACCUGGGUGUUUAAGUGUGUGUUUUUUUUACUGAGAAGGGAUUUAGUUCACUGGUGUGCAUGCAUAAGUUAGAUUUUACGUAAAAAUGGAGAUGAUUUACACAAACUUGUCUAAGAUACCACAAGUGCCCACAACAGUUAUAUGAAGAAAACCUGCCUACAUCUAUGAACAUGAACAUUCCCAUUAACCCCAGAGGGACGUGGAGAUAGAUUGGAGGAGAAAAGUCUUCCACAGUCAGUUAAACCAAAAAGAAAAACUUUCAAAAGGGUGUUUCCAUACAAAAGCUAGCCUGAGCAGUUUACAUGCCUGUGUGUUUGUGUAUAAGAAUGUGUGUGAAGUAAGCCGCAUUUAUUUA